UCUCCUUCUCAGGACGUGAGGAGACCGCUGAGGAAGACAUUCAUUUAUUUAGUUCCUUCACUCAUUUAUCUUGCCCCCCCCCCCCCGCCUUGUCUCUUUGCCUGACUGGCUGGCUGCUGAGCUGACUGACUGUGUGGAUGGUUGGCUCCCUCUCUCCCUGGACUCUCGCUAGGCAGUUCACUCACACACUGCGCGAGCUUCACUGAGGCUGGGGUGGAGAGACACACUCGGGCUUGCGCAGGCUUUGGAAAGUGGGAUCUCUGCUGGGUUUCUCUCCCUGUCUGUUUUGGUGGACUAUUAGAUGAGAGCAGAGGAAAGCUUUAGCUCUGUCUCCUCCAGCACUGACCACUGACCACCACUACUGUGCUGCAUCCAUGACUUUACAUACCUGGCUGGUGUAUGGGCUUGGAUUUAUCUUGGUUUGGGCACUCUGCUUGGCACAGGUCCAGGGGCUGCAGUGCUAUGGCUGCAACAUCAUCCAGGGCCAGAGGUACGUUGAUGUGGGCUGCUCCAACCCUGAGGUCAUCACCUGCACCCACUCACACAAGGGCUUCAAACACCGAUUCUGCAUUAAGACAGAGAGCACGGCCCUGGGUAUUGUCCUGACCAGUGGUUGUGCCACAUCCAGACACUGCCAACAACAAGAGCUGCCAGGGGUGCGCAUCCACUGCUGUGACUCAGACCUAUGUAACAGCGCCCCCUCCUGGCACCCGAGCACACUCCACUAUAUCUGCGCACUGUUCAGCCUCUUGCUGCUGAGGAUGUGGUUGUGAUGUAGAGUCGGUUUCGGAGUGGAACGUAACACCACUUCAGUGGACUAUGGGAGAAACAUUUUGUAUGAGAAAUCUCAUCUGUUCUCUUAGCUGCUCCUGUUUAGAGCCAAAUGAGAGUUUUACUCAGUAUGGUGUUACUGGUGAGCACCUUGAAAUAGUAGCUUUUGUCACAUUGUUAGCUUGGACUUAUAAUCAGAGAAAUGGCAAAACAAUCCUGUGAAUAUGUUUGAUCAAAAAUAAUGACAAAGCAGCUUGCAGCCA